GCCCGCGCUUUACGACACUUGUGCAGCAGCGGCCGCUGGAAUCCGGCACUCCUUCGCGACGAUUCGGCCGGGUGCCGCUGGUGGCUGUUGCCAGGGUGGGGGUCGCUUUGCGGCAUGGCGAUGGCGGAGGGCGAGCGGGCUGAGUGUCCUGACCCCCCCCAAGACGAACCCCCGGCUGAUGGCGCACUGAAGCGGGCAGAGGAGCUCAAGACGCAGGCCAACGACUACUUCAAAGCCAAGGACUACGAGAACGCCAUCAAGUUCUACAGCCAGGCCAUCGAGCUGAGCCCCAGCAAUGCCAUCUACUAUGGCAACCGCAGCCUGGCCUACCUGCGCACCGAGUGCUACGGCUACGCACUGGCUGACGCCACGCGGGCCAUCGAGAUGGACAAGAAGUACAUUAAGGGCUACUACCGCCGGGCUGCCAGCAACAUGGCACUGGGCAAGUUCCGAGCCGCCCUGCGCGACUACGAGACGGUGGUAAAGGUGAAGCCCCACGACAAAGAUGCCAAAAUGAAAUACCAGGAGUGCAACAAGAUCGUGAAGCAGAAGGCCUUCGAGCGGGCCAUCGCGGGCGACGAGCACAAGCGCUCCGUUGUGGACUCGCUGGACAUCGAGAGCAUGACUAUCGAGGAUGAGUACAGCGGGCCCAAGCUUGAGGACGGCAAGGUGACAAUCACCUUCAUGAAGGAGCUCAUGCAGUGGUACAAGGACCAGAAGAAAUUGCACCGGAAAUGCGCCUACCAGAUCCUGGUACAGGUCAAGGAGGUCCUUUCCAAGCUGAGCACGCUCGUGGAGACCACGCUUAAAGAGACAGAGAAGAUUACAGUGUGCGGGGACACCCACGGCCAGUUCUAUGACCUCCUCAACAUAUUUGAACUCAACGGUUUACCCUCAGACACCAACCCCUAUAUAUUUAAUGGCGACUUUGUGGACCGAGGCUCUUUCUCCGUAGAAGUGAUCCUCACCCUUUUUGGCUUUAAGCUCCUGUACCCAGAUCACUUCCACCUGCUUCGAGGCAACCACGAAACGGACAACAUGAACCAGAUCUAUGGCUUCGAGGGCGAGGUGAAGGCCAAGUACACAGCGCAGAUGUACGAGCUCUUCAGUGAGGUGUUUGAGUGGCUCCCUCUGGCCCAGUGCAUCAACGGCAAAGUGCUGAUCAUGCACGGGGGCUUGUUCAGUGAGGACGGCGUCACCCUGGACGAUAUCAGGAAGAUCGAACGGAAUCGGCAGCCCCCAGAUUCAGGUCCCAUGUGCGACCUGCUCUGGUCAGACCCACAGCCACAGAACGGGCGCUCGGUCAGUAAGCGGGGCGUGAGCUGCCAGUUCGGGCCCGAUGUCACCAAGGCCUUCCUGGAGGAGAACCACCUGGACUACAUCAUCCGCAGCCACGAGGUCAAGGCCGAGGGCUACGAGGUGGCGCACGGCGGCCGCUGCGUCACCGUGUUCUCUGCCCCCAACUACUGUGACCAGAUGGGGAACAAAGCCUCCUACAUCCACCUCCGGGGCUCCGACCUGCGGCCCCAGUUCCACCAGUUCACAGCAGUGCCUCAUCCCGACGUCAAGCCCAUGGCCUACGCCAGCACGCUGCUGCAGCUGGGGAUGAUGUGAGGCCGCAGUGGCCGCCCCGGCACCAUUGGACCCUUUUACUUUGUAAAGUUUGUAUUUAUUCCCCUUUAGGUUUGCAGAGGGGGUGGGGGGCCUGCCAGAGAGUCUGCUCCCUGGACAGAGGAGGAGGAGGUGGAGAGAGGCUGGGUUGGGGCGCUGUCUCGGGCAUUUGGGAGGGAGGCCAGCUGUGGCGAGGGGCGGGGCCCAAGGCUUCCCCGCCCCCCUCGUUUGCAUGGCCCCUCCCCUGCUAAAGCAAUAGGGCCCCGCCAUAGGAAGACCCUUGAAGGAGGGUCAUCAGGGAGGCCUCGCCUGCACCCCCUCCUGGCAGCCCCAGGGAGGGGCUAGGCUGGGGCUCACCCCCUUCCCCAGCUAUUUUAUGUCUGUAAUUAAAUAUGUUAAAAUAAAGUCAUUAUUGUAAGUCA